AUAGUUUUCAUGAGGUCUUCGUCUGAAACUAAAAUUUGAAACAGAGAGUUUUUUUGUUUGUGGAUUACGUUUAAUUAGUGUUUAUUAAAACUGUCCUGAACGUGCAGUCUGCUCCAGCCUCUUGACAGCCGGGUGUGCGUACUGUUCAUCUGGUGAGGCACCUCCUCUUUCCCCUGUGGAGGAAGGAUACUCUCGGACAGCAUUUUGAAGGCUUUUCUCCACGAUUAAGUUUCCAAAUGCUUCAGUUUCUUGACUGAGAUGUUCUUCUGAGUUCCCAUCUUGACAAAGGCUUUCCUGAAGAUUACUUACCUGACAACACACAAUGGCUUCCAAUAUAAUUGUGGAGCAGCAGUUUUCUCACAAAUUCACAGUGACGGUGGUUCGAGCAGAGAGCGUCACAAAGGGAGCACUGGGUGACCUGUUGGACACCCCAGAUCCAUAUGUGGAGCUGUUCAUCCCAACAGCCCCGGAGAGCAGAAAAAAGACCAAGCAUAUAGACAACAACAUCAACCCAAAAUGGAACGAGACCUUUCAGUUCAUAUUAGACCCAAACCAGAACAACGUCCUGGAGUUAACAUUAAUGGAUGCCAAUUAUGUGAUGGAUGAGACACUUGGGACCGCGACCUAUGACAUCACCAAGCUCAAAGUAGGCCAGAAAAAGAUGGAGUCGUUCCUCAUUGGCAAAGCAACCAAAGUAUACUUAGAGAUGUUGCUGGAGAUCUGUACUAAACUGGAUCUGCGGUUCAGCCAUUCCCUGUGUGACAAGGAGAAGCAGUUCAGACAGACCCGCAGAGAGAGGGUGAUGCUGGGCAUCAAGAAGCUGCUGGACAUGGAGAAGCCUCGAUUCCUCCCUAGCUCUCCAGAGGAGGUUCCAGUUAUAGCCAUAGCGGGCUCAGGAGGCGGUUUCCGUGCCAUGGUUGGCUUCUCAGGUGUGAUGAAAGCCCUGUUUGAGUCUGGGGUCCUGGAUUGUGCCACAUAUGUUGCCGGCCUUUCCGGAUCCACAUGGUACAUGUCCACUAUCUACUCCCACCCAGAGUUUCCAAAUAAGGGCCCGAAGGAUAUAAACCCAGAGCUGAUGAAUAGAGUCAGCAGUAACCCGCUGAAGCUGUUGCUGCCCCAACACAUCACCAACUACAUCCAGGCCUUGUGGGCUAAAAAGGCCUUCGGGCAGCCCGUUACCUUCACUGAUAUCUUCGGUAUGCUCAUAGGAGAGACGCUCAUACCUGCGAGGAUGGACAUCAAACUGAGUAGCAUCCAGGAGAAAAUAGACCAGGCCCAGUGUCCUCUUCCUCUCUUCACAUGUCUGCAUGUCAAGCCAGAUGUUUCUGAGCUCAUGUUUGCAGACUGGGUGGAGUUCAGCCCGUAUGAAAUUGGGAUGGCAAAGUACGGCACCUUCAUGACCCCUGACUUGUUUGGAAGCAAGUUCUUCAUGGGAACCGCCAUAAAGAGAUACGAGGAGAACCCUAUUCAUUUUCUAAUGGGUGUGUGGGGCAGCGCCUUCUCCAUCCUGUUCAACAGAGUGCUUGGAGUCAAAGACACAGUUGGAGGAAGCACCAUGGAGGAGGAAUUAGAGCAGAUCAAACCCCAGCACAUUGUCGGAGAAGACAGUCUGGACAAUGACGACGAGCCACGUAAAGCUGGCACAGAGAACCAAGAGGCAGAAGAUGAGUACCACCGCACCGCUCAGGCUAGCUGGGCUCAUCGAAUGUUCACGUCGUUGUUCAGUGAAUCGUCCUUAUUCAACACAAGAGAGGGCCGGGCUGGGAAGGUGCAUAACUUCAUGCUGGGCCUGAACCUGAACACCAGCACCCCCUUCUCUCUGGGCAACGAGGUCACCAGCCAAGCCCCCCCACCUGAGGAGGAGGUGGAUGCUGUCACAGACCCAGAUGAGUUUGAUCGUAUUUACGAGCCUCUGGAUGUGAAGAGCAAGAAGAUCCAUAUAGUGGAUAGCGGCCUCACCUACAACCUCCCCUACCCUCUCAUCCUGCGGCCGGAGCGCGGCGUCAACCUCAUCAUCUCCUUUGACUUUUCUGCACGACCUAGCGACUCCAGCCCCCCAUUCAAGGAGAUCCUUUUGGCAGAAAAGUGGGCUCGGAUGAACAAGCUUCCAUUCCCCAAGAUCGACCCCAAAGUCUUUGACCGCGAGGGCCUGAAGGAAUGCUACGUCUUCAAACCAAAAAAAGGAGAAAAGAACUGCCCGACUGUCAUCCACUUUGUCUUGGUCAACAUCAACUUCAGGACAUUUAAGGCACCUGGUGUACCCAGAGAGACUGAAAAGGAGAAGGACUUGGCUGACUUUGACAUCUUUGACGACCCAGAGUCACCAUUCUCCACUUUUAACUUCCAGUACUCCAACGAGGCCUUCACCCGACUCCACGACCUCAUGGAGUUCAACACUCUAAACAACCUGGAGGUGAUAAAGGAAGCCAUCAAGGACUGCAUCGUGUCCAGGAAGGAGGAUCCCUCGUGCACCACCCUUCCCUUCUCCCUCAGUGCAAUCCCCAAAAAGAAGUUUCACAAAAGAGCUUCUCUGGCAGAACCCUUUGACUUCCUGGGGAAUAAAAACUAGUAAUCUGAUCCAAGACUUCAGAUACAGCAGACUUUUUUUUAUUGUAGAUUCAGUCUUAAAGUAAAGCAUUUUCUUUUUGGAAAAGUCUAUCAAGUUGAUCUCUUUUUGCAUAUUUCCAAUCCUCCAUUUUUCAUAAAGAACCUUAAAGUUUAUACAAGCCCUAUGAUUGCAUUCAUAUACAACACAAUGAGAAUCUUUUUCUAGCUUUAUUCUUCUGUUGGAGUUUGUUGAUCACAGACAGCUGAUCUCCGUUUCUACCUGCUGGUUAUAAAAAACACUUGACACUGAGAAACUAUGCUAUAUCUUAGUUUUUCAUUUGGGAAGCAAAUCUCGGUUAUAUAUUUUCAUUUACUUCAUGUGAAUGCUGUACUCCAGUUGCAACAAGCCCAUUCCAUGUGGACACCUUUUGCUCUUGCUUCCGAGAGCAAAUAAUAUUUUCCAUCAUUCCUUUUACUUUUUAUGCAGUGAGCUGUGUCUAAAUUAUGCUUGGAGCUGUGUGAAUGCACUGUGCGAAGCCUCACCUGUAACUGUUUUUCAGCUGUAACUGUUUUUCAGCUGAACUCUUUCCAUAUUGACUACCAAACAUGCAAGGUUUUUUUUUUGUUCACCCUGCAGCUCGUCUUAACAUGUAAUCCUUUUUGAAAACAUAGAAGAGGAGCCGGUAACCAUUGGUUUUGUUUAAUGGCAACUCCUAAGCACGCGAAAUGCACCCCCUCUGGAUACCUCAAACAUCUCAAUGAUGCUUACCCACCUGCAGGGAGUGUCUCAUAUUAAAGCCACCAUUUUGGAAAAAACAAACUUGAAGCCAUAGAAACGGCCACACUUCUUCUCUCCCUCACCCUUUCUCUAUAUCUCUAGGUGUGUUUAUUUUCCUGAUCAUGUUGUUUCAGCUAUAGUUUUUUUCACGGGCCACUUCCAAUCAACCCAUCCGGUGCAGGACUCUCUGAAUGCUGAAUAAGUGGAGCUUAUGUGAGGGUGGGUGGGGGUGGAAAAUGUGGCUCUCCGCGGCCCUCAGUGGAAUUUAACACACUACACCUACACCUGCAGCAGUGGAGGCCUAAUCUGACACACUACACCUAUACCUGCAGGGGCCCAAAGGCUGCACACAGAGCAGUGGAAUUUUACACCUAGCACUUUCUAAAACGAUAUGCUCAUGUUUCAGCCCUGCUGGUUUGGAGGAAACUGAGAAAACAAUACAAACGUGUUUUAGAUUCUGUCAGCAGCGAUUCAUGACCCCUGAAACAUGUGUUAUUUUUUUGAGCAGAGAGUUUGUGUCCAUUUCUGCAAGUUCAUUAUACUUGGGGAAACCACUCUAUUUGUCCGUUUUAUAUAUAGAGGGCCAAAGUCAUGACAACAAGGGCUGGCUUUUGUUAAGCUAUUGAAACUGGUUCUGAACCUAAAGGCUGGCGUGCGUUUUAGAGCACAUACUUACAAACAUGGCUGAAG